AUGGAGACCAGCAGAAUGAUCUCGACAACUCCGGACGUGCUGGACACGACCUAUGAACCCUUUCAGAACACGAGUUUGCCUUUGUCUGAGCUCAUUACUCUAUCCCGUAGUCGGAUUGCGAGAGGUUUACAUGGUGGCACUUUGAGACCGUCCAAUAUCACCCUUCAGCCCACGAAGAAUGGAACACUCCAUAACCUCACCAUCGUCAGUCCCCCAAGAACGCCACCUUUCUACACUGGACUUCACGGGGUCAACCUAGUGAUGGAUAGUCAACUGGUUAAGAUGCUGUGGCUCUCCAUAUGUGUUGCAGUUGCCAUAAUCUUUGUACUUCGACUGGCACAGCUUUUUGUGUCGUAUGUCCGGAACAUCUCUUGCAUGACGGCAAAUUCUGAGCAGCAACGAUACUAUGCGGUCGACCACAACGUCAUCUGGCCAUGGCUAAAGAAGCACAUUGUCUACGCUCCUCUGUGGAGGAAGCGGCACAACCGAGAAUUCCAGAUGUCGAGCGCCCACAAUUACGGAACCCUUCCCGGACGCAUCCACUUUCUAAUGUUACUCUUCUACGGAGCCUCGAACAUGGCAUACUGCUUGAUUUUGGAUUAUAACCCUCCACAGAAGGGUGCCCUGAUGGCUGAGCUCCGUGGACGCAGCGGCGUCCUAGCAACAGUCAAUCUGAUUCCCCUGGUCAUCUUAGCCUCGAGGAACAAUGUUGCUAUUCGGGUGCUACGGGUCAGUUUCGAUACUUUCAAUCUCUUCCAUCGCUGGAUUGGGAGAAUUGUUGUUGUGGAGGCCAGUGUACACUUCUUCGCAUGGAUGGCGGCCUACACCCAAGCCGAGGGCCCUCGGGCAUCACCAAAAGCAUUCGACCAUAAUCCCUUUCUUCUCUAUGGACUCCUCGGCCUGCUCGCGAUGUUGGUCAUGGCGUUUCAUUCAUUCUCGGUGCUCCGACAUGCCUUCUACGAAACCUUCUUGCACAUACACCAGGCUUGUGCUUUGCUGGCUCUGCUCGGAGUUUACGUCCACCUAAAUGUAGCCAAGCUACCCGCGUACCCUUCGGUCCUGGCUGCUGUGUUGUUGUUGGUGUCCGAGCACGUAUGGCGUCUGGGCCGACUGCUGUAUCUCAAUUUCUCUCGCAAGGGAGGUGUCACCACAGCACUUGUGGAGGCUUUACCGGGUGAAGCAUGCCGAGUAACGUUUCAGCUGCCGCGCCAUGUUACCAUCCGACCGGGAAGCCAUGUCUAUGCAUAUCUUCCAUCGAUAUCGUUGUGGAUGUCUCACCCUUUUUCGGUGGCAUGGACGAACGUCGAGUCAGAACCUGAGAUUAUGAAUUACCGGCUCAGCCUGCCAAAGACGCCCAACUCGCUUGAGAGGCAGUCGUUGUCGUGCCCAGGCCCCCACUCACUUGCACCAACGAGUGUUUCUCUUGUCAUGGCAGCACGCAGUGGUAUGACCAGAAAGCUCUACCAGGCAGCUCGAGCAGAGUCAAACAACACGUUGCAGCUUAAGGGGUUCCUGGAAGGGCCUUAUGCUGGGCAUGAUUCGCUCGAGAGCUACGGCACCGUCAUCAUGUUUGCUGGCGGCGCUGGCAUCACACACCAUCUCAUCCAGAUCCGGCACUUACUGGCAGGCGCGCGUUUUCAAACCGUAGCAACACGGAAGAUUGUUCUGAUUUGGUCUAUUCGAGAUACUGACCAGAUGGAAUGGGUGAAGCCAUGGAUGAAUUCAAUUCUCAAAAUGGAAGGUCGUCGAGAAGUGCUCAGAAUUGUUGUGCACGUCAGCAAACCAACGCAACCCAUCAACCCAAAGAAGAGCAAGCCGACGAUGCAGGUGGUGAGAGGACGAGUUGAUCCGGCGUCUGUUCUGGACGAAGUGAUUCCUACUCGGGUUGGCACUACGAUGGUCAGUGUCUGCGGCCCAGGAGCUUUGGCAGACGAGGUGAGAGCAGCAGUCCGGAAUAGGAUACACCUGGCUGCGAUAGACAUGAAUGAGGAGAGUUUUACUUGGUAG